AUGGGUAAUGGCAGAGCUUUUGAAAAACGAAACUACGAUGAAGAAAGCACAAAAAGAGAAACUUUGAGACUCCAUCCACUAGCUGCAUUGAUUUACAGAGAAACAUCAGAAAUAGUGAAAUUGGGAGGCUAUGAUAUUCCACCAAAAGUAAUGGUCCUUAUGAAUUCAUGGGCAAUUCACAGGAAUCCUAAUUUGUGGGAUAGACCAAAAGAGUUUGCCCUAGAGAAAUUUGAGAAAAACCCAAUUGAUAAUAAAGGUCUAGAUUUUCAUUAUAUUCCAUUUGGUUUUGGAAGAAGAGGUUGUCCUGGUUUGACAUUUGGAUUGUUUGCUGUUGAGUAUUUGAUGGCCAAUCUUUUACAUUGGCUGGAAUGGAAGCAACCAGAGGAAUUGAACAUGGAUGAAGUUUCUGGUUUCACUAUUCAUGAGAAAAAUCCUCUUCUCCUUGUACCGAUACCAAAUUCCCCUCCAUGA